AUGACAAGGUUUGAUAAUUUUACCAAUGUUGUUGAUCUAGAUGAGCUUGAAAGCUUUAUCUGCGAGGCCUUCUUUAUUGAGGGGAGACUUAGUAAGAUUUGUUGCUUGUACUUUCUAAACAGGACUGAGGUAAAGUUUGAUAUUUCAAGGAUAAGGAGGGGAGAGGAGUAUGCAGAUAGAAUUUUCAAGAGUCUUUCGGAUGAAGUAAUGGAUAGAGACAUGAAGCUGAUGAAGAUUAGAAUAUUUGUUCUAUUUAAACAGCACUUCAAAGUAAGAAAGUCGAUUUUGAAGAUCGUCAUGAGUAUGAUUGAUAUAGAAAGGGAAGACCUGAAAGAUUUGCUUGACUGUAUUGUUACAAGCGUUGAGGAAAAUGAAGCGUUAGAUGUGCUUGAUUCCAUAGCAACGCAUUUUGUAAACGAGGAUCAGCAGGAUGAGAUUGUUGUGCUAGGAAUGAAUGUUAUGAGGGAGAUAUACACCAAGUUUUUAUCCUGCUACGGAAAUAGAGAUGGUUGGACUAGUGGCGAAAACGAAGAGAUUAAUGGCAGUGAUUGGAAUAAAGAACAUAGUGUAAUGGAAGAAAUGAAAAGGAAAAUUCUAAAGCAUAUUGAGAGUUUCAAGGGAAAUAAGACCAAAUGCAUAUUCUAUGCGUAUAGGAUGGUAGUAAGGGCCGUAGUUGACAAUGAAAUAGUUGAAAGACCCGUGAGCCAUAUUAAACAGAAGAUUGAUAAGGAAAAAAGGGAAAUAGUAAGAAAGAAGGGAAAGGAGGAGCUACGGCGAAGAAGAGAAGAGGCCAAAAGAGAGGAAAAGAAGGAGAGAUACAGAAAUAGGAAGAAAGGAAGAAAGAAGAGCGCAAUGGCAAAGCUUAUGAAAAGACCAAGCAGAAAAAGAAAGACAUGCAAAUAA